AUGAUCUGGUUGACAUUAUUUGCAACACUGCUGGCUGGCAUAGCUGCGCUAAACGACAAUCAAGAGAUUCGACGAGUGUCACGUGGUUAUGGACUCGACUCUGAUGGCGAUGGUAUUCCCGAUAAUCUUGACAAUGAUGAUGACAAUGAUGGUAUUCCUGACGUUUCUGAGGAUGAUGAUGGUGAUGGAAUCCCUAACAAACUCGACUAUGAUGAUGAUGGUGAUGGAAUUCCCGAUACCGACGACGACGACGCCUUUGAUGGAAUCCCUAAUUUUAAAGACGAUGAUGAUAAUGGUGAUGGAAUACCAGACAGCGAGAAGGAUCAAGACUGGAAUAGUAUGGACGACGAAAGUGAUGAGUAUGGUGAACCUACGGUUACUAGUAGGGGAGACAAUGACAAGGAUGCUGGUAUAAAAUCGAUUUUUGAAGGAAGCAUUCGUGGCAAAUUUAAUACAACCGAGUUCGAUGAGCUGAAUGUUGAUUUCAAAGUAAAUUUUGACGAAAAUACGCUUCGAAAAAUCAUCAAUAUCGAGCACAGCGGCGUCGCUAUUUCUUCGGUCCCACUUCCCUAUGAUGCUGCGGAAGCAGUUUGCAAACUCCUUGGCGGUACACUUCCCUCGCCAAAGACAAUACAGGAAAAUGAAGAAGUGGCUGAUAUAUUAUUGGAAAACUCGUUCACAUCCACGUGGCUUGGCUUGUCGAUAAGUGAUGCUACAGCGAUUUGCUUUGAUAAUUUCAACGAAGAUCUUAUGCCGCUACUGAUGUCUAACAGGAAAUGGUCCCUCAAGUCGAGGUCUUCAAAAGGAAAUUUUAUCUGCGUCCCAGAAAAGAAAAAACAAUGCCGGAAUAUAUCCGAUGUGUUUGCUGGAUUGAAUGCUUACUUGCAGCCAUGGCGAAAAUCGUCGGACAGCAUUCAACUCCUCUGUACUGAAAUCAGCAAAGACCUUUUCGACUGGGUUGAAUGCAACGAUGAUGAUUGCACCUUAUUUAUUCGAUACCCCUGGCUUGAUGAGACGAUGAGGGAGCCGGAAAGUAUCAAAACUAUGAUGUGCAAAAGACCAUUUUAA